AUGCACAUCAAAACAAUCACCAUCCAAGGCUUCAAGUCGUACCGCGACCAGGUUGCUGUCGACCCCUUCUCACCUCGCCAUAAUGUCGUCGUCGGACGUAACGGGAGCGGAAAGUCCAACUUCUUUGCUGCGAUCCGCUUCGUGCUCUCUGACGCGUACACCACGCUGUCCCGCGAGGAACGCCAACGUCUGCUUCAUGAGGGCACCAGCACCACGACUACUCUAUCGGCCUAUGUCGAGAUCGUCUUCGACAAUGCUGACGGCCGAUUCCCCACCGGACAGCCCGAGCUAUACCUCCGCCGCACUAUUGGCCUCAAGAAGGACGAGUACUCACUGGACCGCAAGAGUGUCACCAAAGCCGAGGUCAUGAAUCUCCUUGAGAGCGCCGGCUUCUCCCGAAGCAACCCGUACUACAUCGUACCCCAAGGACGAAUCACGCACUUGACGAACAUUUCAGACAAGGACCGCCUCAACCUCCUCAAGGAGGUGGCUGGCACCAAGGUGUACGAACAGAAGCGUGCUGAAUCGACCCGUAUCAUGGAGGACACAGAUAGCAAGCGCGAAAAGAUCGCUGAGCUUCUGUCGAACAUCGAGACGCGCCUGGAGGAGCUUGAGGCGGAGAAGGACGAGCUCAAGGAGUUUCAAGGGCUCGACCGCGACCGCCGCUGCCUCGAGUACUCGCUACAGCAGCGCGAACUGGACGACAUCACCACCACGCUUGAGCAGCUUGAGGAGGAACGCUUGAAUGGCCACCACGAGAUCAACGAGCAGGAGCGGGCGCUGCACGAGCUCGAGGCUCGCAUCCAGAAAAUGGAGGACAAGCUCACCCGCAACAAGCAUUCGCACUCGACCUCGAGCAUUGCUCUCCAGCAGUACGAAUCCGAGAUGGAGGACCUCGUCCGCAGCAAGACCGAGGUGGAAUGUAUCAUCGCCGACUUUCAGCAGGCGGGCGAGAACAACGAGACGCGUCGCUUGGAGACGAUCGAGCAGCUUGAGUCGUUGGACAGGCGUGUGAAGCGCACCGCCGACAAACUCGAUGAGCUGAACACUGCGCUAGAACAGCGCACCGCCGAGGAACGUCAAGCCAAAGAUCUUCUGGACACGUCCCAAUCUCGCCUGCAGGUCUUGUACGCCAAGCAGGGCCGCACCCGCCAAUUCCGGUCCAAAGCAGACCGCGAUGCGUAUUUGACGAACGAGGUCAGGAGCCUCGAGUCGUACGCGAAACAGCAGCAGAAGACGAUCGCCGACAGGGAGCAGGAUGUACAGCGCGCCAAGACUCAUCUUGAAGAAGUUUCUGCGCGGGCUGCCGAGCAGCAAGACGGUGAGGAGGGACAGCGUGAAACUUUAAAGAAGAUGGGCGAGGAGCAGGCCAAGCUCAAGACCGACCUCGACAGCAUGAAGGAGAAGCGCAAGGAGUUGUGGCGCGAGGAUGGCAAGCUUUCGCAGUCUGCCACCAAUGCCAAGAGCGAGCUAGACAAUGCGCAGCGCCUUUUGCAGGGCAUGAUGGACAAGGACACGAGCAACGGUCUGCGCUCCGUCCGCAACAUAGCCAGGCGCCUGAACCUGAAUGGCGUCUACGGCCCGGUGUACGAACUGUUCGAGGUGUCGGACAAGUACAAGACGGCAGUGGAGACUGUUGCUGGGACCAGCCUCUUUCAUGUAGUGGUCGAUAACGACGACACCGCGUCCACGCUCAUCGAUGCCAUGAACAAGGAGCGGAGUGGUCGCGUCACCUUCAUGCCCCUCAACCGCCUCAAGAGCGUCAGUGUCCAGUAUCCCAAAGCGAAUGACGCUGUGCCUUUACUCUCUAAGCUCACGUACGACCGCGCGUACCAGAUGGCUUUCGAGCAGAUCUUUGCCCGUACAGUCGUCUGCUCGGACUUGGCAACUGCCGCUCAGUAUACGCGCAGCCACGGGCUGAACGGUGUCACGGACUCCGGAGACAGAGUGGACCGCAAGGGUGCCCUGACCGGUGGUUACCACGACAACCGCCGCUCACGUCUCGAUGCCAUCAAGCACGUCAAGCGCUGGAAUGAAGAUUAUGAGCGCGACGCUACUCGACACACCGAAGUCAAGGAAGGUCUUGCCAAGCUCGAGCAGCAGAUCUCCCAGGCGAUGGGCGAGAUCCAGAGGAUCGACGCCAAGCGCAACGCCAUGGUUGAAGACCGCGGGCAUCAGGCGCGUCAGGCCAACUGGAUCAUGCGCGAGGUGGAGCAAUCGCGGCAACGCCUCGCGCGCCUCGAGGGCUCGCUGGCUGACGACGAGGCGAGCCUUAAAGCGGCAAUGGCCAAGAAGGCGGCCUUAGAGGAGGAAUUGCAGACCCCGAUGCAGCCGCAGCUGUCGCCGGCCGAGGUGCAGGAGCUCGAAACCCUGUCCAAGGACGCAGAAGACCAGAAGAAGGCCCUGCUGCAAGCUUCCCAGAGCCGCCAACAGGUUGCUUCUGAGCGUAGCGAGCUAGAGAUCGAGCUCACCGAAAACCUCCGUCGCCGCCGAAACCAACUCCGUGCCAAGCUCGAUGAUCUGGAUAGCGCCUCUGGAUCCGGUGUCAUCAACGCGGGCGAGAUCGAGCAGCGCAAGGCGGAGCUCAACAGCAUUGGCCGGUCCAUCGACACACUUUCAGAGCAGAUCCAGACUGUCGAGGAGGAGAUCGAGGCGCUCGCAACGGCCAUCUCGGAGCAGAAUACCAAGCUCGAAGAGUUGCACACCGAGGCCAACGAUGUCACCCGAGCCAUGCUCCGCAUCCAGAAGAGCCAGGAGCGCUAUCUGAGCAAGAAGCAAACCCUCGAAAACCGCAAGGAGGAAUGUGAGGUGGCCAUCCGCGACCUCGGCGUGCUUCCCGACGAGGCGUUCACCAAGUACACAGGCGACAAGUACAAGUCGGCCAGCGGCAUGGAGAAGCUCGUCAAGCUCUUGCACAAGGUCAACGAUGGCCUGAAGAAGUUUGCGCACGUGAACAAGAAGGCGUUUGAGCAGUACAACAACUUCACCAAGCAGCGUGACGAGCUGUUAGCCCGCCGCGCCGAGCUCGACCAGUCAGCAGACUCAAUCCAGGACCUGAUCCAGACGCUCGACCAGCGCAAGGACGAAGCGAUCGAGCGCACAUUCAAGCAGGUGUCCAAGUACUUCGAAGAGGUGUUUGAGCAGCUUGUGCCAGCAGGGCGUGGGCGGCUCAUCAUGCAGAAGCGGACUGACUCGUACCUGGACGAGGAGAGCGAGCCACCACAGCCAAAGGAGGGAGAGCAGAGCGAGAUUGACAGCUACACUGGCGUCUCGAUCAAGGUGUCAUUCAACUCGAAGGAGGAUGAGGGACAGCGCAUCUCGCAGCUGUCGGGUGGGCAGAAGUCGCUCGUUGCCCUUGCGACCGUGUUCGCGAUCCAGAAAUGUGACCCAGCACCGUUCUACCUCUUCGACGAGAUCGACGCGAACCUCGACACUCAGUACCGCACGUCUGUAGCCAACAUGAUCCACGCGCUCAGCGACUCCGCGCAGUUCAUCACCACAACCUUCCGCAGCGAGAUGCUCGUCAACGCCGACAAGUUUUACGGUGUCUACUUUGACAAACAAAAAGUGUCGACUAUCCAGACAAUCACGCAGGACGAGGCGCAGAAGUUUAUCGACACGGCGGCUGGCAUGACCUAG